AUGAUUAAUAACACAACUUUGAGUUUGUAAAAAAAGCGAGAGCUCUUUGCUUUGAACGUUAAACGUAUUGAUAGAGAGACUCUAUUCUAAAAUAAUAGGAAAAAAAUGAUAUAGUCAAACAACAAUGAGGUUGAGGUUGACAAGACACUUCAUCUUUUAAAUGGUGCAAUUACAAUCUACAAUAAAAAAGAUAUCAAAAAUUACUUUAAGCAAAUCAAUGAUUUUAAUCACUUUAAUUAAGAAUAAGAAGUUAGAUUGGUUUAAUUGAUUGAAACACUCCUUAAGCUAAAAGUUGAGGAUGAUAAUUCUGCCUUGCACAAUGAAUGCUUGAAUGUUUUAGUCAAAUUGAGUUUAUUUUAGAAUUCAAGUUAAGAAUUAUUCAACAUGCUUACGAUUCUCUGCAAAUUAAUGGAUAAGUAUAACAAUCAUAUUAAUCAAGCACUUUCUUACUAAAUUUUAGAUAAAAUACUAGCAUUUAUUGGUAAUAUUUCAUGUAACAAUGGAUUUAUUAGUGCAUUCUCAGCAAAUCUGAUAGAUAUCUUACAAUAUUAGAUAAUUUACGGAUAAAAAAGACUGUUAUUUUAGGCAAUAUGGGCUUUGAAUAAUAUCCUGUAUUCCAUUCACAAUGAAAGCGCAUUAUUAAAUUAGAUCUUAGUAAAGAUAGGUCAAUCUGAAAUACCUUAAUACUUAAUCUAGUAUGUGAAGAAAAAUGAGAAUAAACUUGACAAAAAUCAACUGAUACAAAUAUACUGGUUGUAUGCCGAAUUAUCCUAAGCUAUUCCAUUUGAUUUUGCAUAACUACAAGUCAAGGAAACAGACAGUUAAGAAUUAUAACUCAUAAUACUAUUUAUCUACUCUAAUUUGACAGGAUAGUAAAUAAUCCCUGCAAAUUGUAAUGUGAAUUAACUAUUCAAUAUGUUCCCAGCUUCAAAUGCUUUAAUCUAAAGACAGCUUUUAGUGAUAAUAGCUAAUUUAGUUCUCUUAACAGAAAUCGAAUUAGAAGCUUUAAAGAACCUAAUCAAUUAUGCCUUUCCUAUAUGUCCUAUAGACACUAUGUUUGUAUUGCAUAAUUGCUAAAUGAAAUACAAUUUUUAAUUAAGUCCAAAUGAAAAAGAAAAUAUUUUGAGAAUCAUUGAUGAACUACAAUAAGAUUCAUUGAUACAAGAUUUAGUAAAAUAAUUAAAGUUAAACAAUUGA